CAUCCGCGCGGCGCCGAAGCGCACGGGGCGCAGAGGGCGCGAGGAGUCUCGUAGGUGCGGAGAUCAGAGACCGCGCUGGGUUCGUCUCUGAGACGCGUGUGCGCGCUUCUGUGUGGAAAAGAGAGAGAGAGAAAAGAGCAAAGUGCGUGUGUGUGCGUGAGGGAGAAGGUGCAGAAGAGAAAUGUUUUCAAAACUUCAUUUUUACGGAUAGAACGGAGCAAGAAUAUACAUACACUUUUGUUUCAAAAAGAUGAACUGAGAGAAUAACGCGAGAAACAAACGUGACAACAGUUUUUUUUCUUUUUUCUUUUUUUUUUUCCCACGGAGCUCGAUCAGCCGGACUGGAUCGUAUUGAUCAGUCAAGACUCACCCGUGCCGUGGAGAAGCUCCCGUCUUGACACCCAUCGGCUUUGGAUCCUGCUUUCACUGAUCUCUGCGAAGGCGUGGAAUUACACAAGUUACUUCUCGUCGUGCCAGACCGAACACUUUCGCUGUUGCGUGAAUGUUCUUUCGAAUAAAGGACUGAGGAAAAUGCUCCUUUGAAGCGAAGAAACCUGCGCGUCCAGCCUCAGUCUCCGCACAUCUCUGGGAUCCUUUUCUGCGAGGUGGAUGAGCUUCCUGAUGAGAGAUCCAGUCGUCCCCAGAGCAAGCAUGGCAUACCACCCGUUCUUACCUCACCGGAGCCCAGAUUUGGCCAUGAGCGCGAUGCUGGGCCACCAGCCCCCGUUCUUCCCGGCCCUGGCGCUGCCGCCGGCCGCCUCCCUGUCCCUCCCCGGCGCGCUCGGAAAGCCUAUCAUGGACCAGCUGAUGGGCGCUGCUGAAACCGGCCUCCACUUCUCCUCUCUGGGACACCACGGCGCCGCCUCUCAUCUCAGGCCCCUCAAAACGUUGGAGCCCGAGGAGGAGGUCGAGGACGACCCCAAAGUCCACCUGGAGGCCAAGGAGCUCUGGGAACAGUUCCACAAGUGCGGGACAGAGAUGGUGAUCACCAAAUCAGGAAGGAGGAUGUUUCCCCCGUUCAAAGUGAGGUGUACGGGCUUGGACAAGAAGGCCAAGUACAUCCUGCUCAUGGACAUCGUGGCCGCGGACGACUGCAGGUACAAGUUCCACAACUCGCGCUGGAUGGUGGCGGGGAAGGCCGACCCCGAGAUGCCCAAGAGGAUGUACAUCCACCCGGACAGCCCGGCCACGGGCGAGCAGUGGAUGUCCAAGGUGGUCAACUUCCACAAACUCAAGCUGACCAACAACAUCUCCGACAAGCACGGAUUUACGAUUCUGAACUCCAUGCACAAAUACCAGCCGAGGUUCCACAUCGUGAGGGCCAACGACAUCCUCAAACUGCCGUACAGCACGUUUAGGACCUACGUGUUCCCGGAGACCGACUUCAUCGCGGUCACUGCUUACCAGAACGACAAGAUCACACAGCUCAAGAUCGACAACAACCCCUUCGCCAAGGGAUUCCGGGACACGGGCAACGGGAGGAGGGAGAAGAGGAAACAGUUGGCGCUGCAGUCCAUCCGAUCCUACGAGGAACAUCAGAAGAAAGACCUCGGGACCUCGGACGAGUCCUUGGGCGAACAGGUCCCUGCGGUUUCUACUAUAGGACCACCUAACCAUAAAGACUUCUGCGAAAGUGACGAAGACAGCGAUGAUGGAAGUAAGGACGGAAACGUCCAGGACGGACAUGACUCCGGCAAAAUUUCGACGACCACCGAGCACUCGAAGGAGCACACGUCGAGCUCGAGCGCCACCAAAGACCGCCUGUGUGCAAGCGGCAACUCCACGAACGCGGGACGAGGGGAGGCCACGGGCAUCGUGAAAAGCCCGGCGGAUUCGAGACAGAGCCCUGUCACCAUCAUCUCGAGCACGACGCGGGCUGGGGAUGACACGAAGGGCUCGGCGCGUGACCCGCCCAAAACGGACGAGUGCAGGCCCCUGAGUAAGGAAAAGUACACUCCGCUGACCGUUCAGACGGACUGCAGCCCUCACUUCAACCAGGGACACCUGCACAACUUUGGAUUUCCACCGAGCUUGGCAGGCCAGCAGUUUUUUAACCAUCUGAGUAGUAGCCAUCCUUUCCUCCUACACCCCAGUCAGUUCAACAUGGGAAGCGCAUUUUCCAAUAUGGCUGCGGCGGGCAUGGUCCCCUUGCUAGCGGCGGUGUCCUCUGGCGGGGUUAGCACCAUGGACACAACCAGUAUCUCGUCCUCCCCCCAAGGCCUGACGGGAUCUCCAGGACUGCCUUUUCAUCUACAGCAACAAGUCUUGGCAUCACAGGGCUUUGCCAUGUCUCCGUUCGGAAGCCUCUUCCCGUACCCCUACACCUACAUGGCGGCAGCGGCAGCCGCAUCAUCUGCGGCAUCGUCCUCUGUGCACCGGCACCCGUUUCUGAGCACCGCACGCCCCCGUCUCAGGUACAGCCCCUACCCCCUCCCGCUCGGCGUGCCGGACAGCACCUUGCACGCUGCAGGCCAACCGUCGGCCGAUGGCGGCGGCCUGGCGACCAGUCCGGCGCUGGCCACGCUGGACUCCACGUCGGACCUCAACGGCAGGUCCUCGGCCCUGUCCUCGGGUUCGGUCUCCCUUUCUCCAAAGGCUUGUUCCACAAAGGACUCUGCCACUGAGCUCCAAAGCAUCCAGCGCCUGGUGAGUGAUCUAGACACGAAACAGACCAGGCCCCGGAGUCUGUCUCCUUAGGCCACGGAGCAAGGGGGUGAAACCAAACUGCCAACCAACAAUAACUCUUCAGAUAAGAGUUUUUGCCCAGGACGACGCCGACAACGCGGCCAUGAUAAUUAUGACGAUGAUUACCAUAUCUUUCUUGCAAAUGCGGGUGUGGAUAACAGACCUAUGGACCUGUUUAGAUUUUUAAAAUGCACUUUGUUUAUAAAGAGACUGAUAACUAUAAUUCUCUUGUGUUAAACGGAAGAACUUUGAACUUUUCUUUUAUUUGACUACCACACGAGUAUUGAAACUGAAAGGUUACUACGGAUAACAACCAUAAACCUAUUAAAUUGCUGCUAUGUCCUAUCUAUAUUUUAUAUGUCAAGUUGCUGGGCUUUUGGAACAGGAAUUAAUUUCAUGUUUACCCUGAAGUGGUUAGAACUGUUUGUAAGCAUAAUACCCAUAUAAUAUAAAGUCUGCUGUGUUUGAUUUCUUAAAAGACUAUAGCUCUCCUUUGCCUGUGGUGGGAAGAGAUUUUUGCAUGCUCCACAUUCAUUUACAAC